AUGACAAUCGAGGACGGCAGGCGAAGUUCCUGGACAUUCCUGUCAACCUCAAAAGAGCAGGAUGCCUUCCACUUGACGAUUAAGGGUAUACCCACACUGGCACUGAUUGCGGUCGAGGAACUGCCGUUAACUCAGUCACUGGGUGACUACACCCAUCCCAUGCAGAUUGGCAACUUUGUCAAGGAAUUGUUCGCUGGAUUCCAGCUCUUGAACUUAUGA